UUUAUUUCUGAAGUCUUUCUAUCAGUAGGACUUCUAUUGUUAAAGCAUCUCAUCGGUGAGGAGCACUGAGAGGAUCCAGGGGUAAGAACAGGAUAGGAUUGAUGCAACUAAGCAAAAGGAUUAUUUUCACAUCUGGCAAAACACGUAACCAUGUUUGUAUAGCUAAGAAGAAUGAUCUUGCCGAAGCCCAUAGGACUAUAUGGAGGGAUACCUGAGAACGGCUGAAGUGCUGCACAAAAUUGAGCCUUAUUCUAGCUGCCGUAUACCUUCAGCACUUAGAAGGAAUGGAUGUGAACUUAGUCACUGUUUUGGCUAUUCUAACAGUUGUGGUCAGCCAGACAUCUGAGAUACGCUACCGAAGACAGAAAAGGAAAGGACAACAGGGAAAUAAUCCAGCUUUGUUUCCUGGGGCCUUUAGCUGUUGCACGAAAAUUUCAGAUGAAAUUCCCAAAGGAAUUCUCCAAAGAGUGGAGAAGUUUGACAUCCAGAAAGCUGAUGGCCUGUGUCACUUAGAAGCUGUUAUUCUCUACAUAGAAGGCAGAAAGUUCUGUGUAAGCCCACAGAUUAGAAAAGUUAAGAAGUGGAUGAAGAAGAAGAGGUUCAAGAUUCACAGAAAAAAUGGUAGAAGACAAAGAAGAAACAAAAUAAAAAGAAAGAGAAGAAAGUCACACAGUGAAGCAAGCCCCAUGAUGCAGACACCUGUGGACUACGGCACUAUGUACAAAGAUAGCAGAAUUCGUCAAUGAUGGGUGAUUGUAGCACUAAAAUGACCUUUCAAAUAUCCAGCGUCUAAGGGAAAACGGUGUUAGAAAACAUCACCUGAACACAAGAAUCUUGCUGAUCAGAAUACCAGCAAAAUGACAAGGUUUUUUUGACAAUGUCUUCUAGUAAGUGCUCUGCUGUAUCUCUUAGAUCUACAACAGACUUAAAUUCUCCUUUCCCCUAUCUGGCUUUCAUGGCUACCUACCCUGUAAUUUCUGCUUUAACAUCCCAUUAGACAGUUCCUUCUCCUUGUUCCAUCUUUCCCAGUCCCAUCCUUUGUCCCUUUCUGUCCUGUUGUUCUCUGUUUGCAAUCAUGUUUCUGCAAUACCUUUGUACUUUUGUCUGUUUUGUUUUCUCCCAGUCAUGAACUUGGAUUUUUUUUCUGACAUAACCUUACAGAUAUCUGGUUGCUAGUUCAGUUGAAGCUGGCAAAAAGCAAGAUUUCUUUUUGCUAUUCCAAACUCUUUGCUUUCAGCUGUUAUUAUCACUGGAAAUAUUUCGCUGUUCUUCAGACUUGAAGUGUGGUAUCCAAAACUAUGCAACAAAAUAAUCUCCAUUGCUUUUGCUCAUUUCUUUCCCCAUUCAAAUCCUUUGACUGCAUCCUUCCUACCCUCUUUCCUGAAUUUCUUGUAAUUACCAUUGAGGGUUGCCCAUCAGGGCCUUCCUUUGGGGAUUGCUAAUGAUGCCAAUCUGGCUACCCACUCCAUAGCCUUCCUCUCACUGCACUUCACUGUCUUCCACCGUACGGCAUAGUCUCCAGUUCCCUCCCUCCUUCCUUGAAAUGUUUGAAACUAAUUUAAUAUUCCCACAAAGCCAUCUCAGUCAAAGGCACUUUUCCCUCAGAGAAGCACACAUGGAAAGUAACAAAUAGGAGAAAAGAGAGAUCUUAAAAAGAGUUAAAUGCCAUAGAAUGCAUACUCAAAAUAUUUUCCUGGUGAGCCAAAAAUACUUAACACAGGAGCAUAAUCCUCCUCUUCCUCCUCUUCCCCUGUUAUUUACUGUUUGUUAUUCUCAUUCAUUGCAUUUGAUUUAAAUUAGCUCCUGAGAGGUGUUACUUGUGUUCGUUUUGUAAUUUUUAAGUCUUAACUGUAUAAUGGAAAAAUAAGAAAAGGCACAGCAGGUGACAGUAGAUAAAAGUAGCUCCUAAUAGGUUCCCAAACGAAAAUAAAGGUGAACAUCUAGCAAGGUCAUUAGAGGAUAGGUAUGAUCCCACAGAUACACAUCUGAUGAAAGAAACUGACUCCUCCCAAACAGAAAUGUGAUUAUCACUUCUGAAGAGCCAACAGUAUCCUAACAGGCAUGAGGCAACUCAUCUAACUGUUCUUCCAGUUUCUACAGAAUACUGUGUACACUAUACACAUUUGCAUAGCCCCAUCCUCUGCCUGCUAAAAUGACAGGUAGAAACUCCUCUGCCAGGAGCAGAAGUCAUGAUUAUUCUCUUCAAUUGUGAACAUGUGCAGAAGCUCUUCCUCCUGAAUGCCUGUUACACCAUGCUGGGGAAGUGGACAAAGUGCCUCUGACUGAUGCAAACUGAAAUUUGUUGCAUACAUUUUCCAUCAUUUCAUUUGCAUUCUGAUACUACACUUCUUAGAUACCACAGUGAUACAGUGCAUGUGUAUUAGAAAGAAUCCAAUCCUAAUGGGCCCAGGUCAACUGCUAAGUUGCUCAAAUGUAUUAUGCUGUAUUUGUCACUAUCUCACUGUUUCUGGCAGUCCUGUUUCUUUUGUUCCUCAUGCCCUGCUACUGAUUCCAAAUUUUAACUUUGCGCUUCCCUCUUGAGUCAGAUAUCUUGGGGUGGAUUAAUGAUGACAUUUCAGUGCCUCAUAGUUUUCCCAUCAAUCCAACCACUGCCCUUUUCCAGCAAAGGAUUGAGUGUACCCUCAUUUCCAUGCCUGUUCUAUCAGAGAUGUCCAUCAUAUCACAGUAUUAAAGCUAACUUUCCAGGCUGGUGUAAGCAUGUCUGAGCCCCCUGUGAGACAUUUGACUUUCACUUACAGAAGUGUUAAGAAUUGUUAAGUAUCCCCAUAUGGUAGAGGCAAAUCAAGAAAGUUUGGGAGAAUGAAGAAAGAAGGGUGCAAAGUCAAGCUGACAGGAAAAAAAGGAGCAUAAAUAAGGAUAAGAAAAAGUGAAAUUGUGGUUCCAGAUGAGACAACAGCAGCAGCUGCGAUCAAGGGCGAGACCUCUUGGAAUACUCAGUCUGUUACAAAAAGGGAUGUCUGUAAUUUCAAGUAGGGGCUGCUGGGAAGCUACAUAAUGUUCUGGCUUGCAGACGUGUACUCUGCCGGUUGAAAGAAUGCAUACAGCUCACUCAUUUAUUUCUCUAGUUUGGAAUAUCAUCUGCUUCCUAGUGGUCACCGAUUUUUAUAGUCAGCUGUCUUCCCUCCCUCCCUGCCAAAUCCAAGGUUCCUAGGUGCUCAAAAAUUACUAUUUCAUAUUUGAAAUUAGAGCACUGCUGCAGUUCUUCCUCUUAUGCAUACUGUAUAAAAGAAACAAACUAAUCGAAAUGUAUUUUAUAGUUUUCUAAUAACUGGAAUUGCUACAAGACAUGAGCAUUGUCAAUGUCACUAAUAUGAUAAGAAGACUCAGCCAGAUAUGCAACUCAAAUACUACUAAAAUACUUGCAUUUCCUGGGCCAAAUUUAAAAGACAGGCUUUGAUGGUUUCAUUUACAUCUUCAGGUUCCUCAGAGCAUAUGUUAUCUCAGAAUAGGUUCUCCUGGGUUCAGUAGAUCAAACUGAGAUUAUCAGAAGAUAGAAGUCAUCUCCCACCUGCCAAGUGUGUUUCUAAUUUGGAUUCAUAUGCAUUUUGGUGGGAAUGGAGUUAGAAAUAACUUCUGUUAGUCAUCUAAUAAACCUUCUUCCCCAGUGUUGGUUUCUGAAGUAUCAAAACAGCCCUUAAAGAUCUAACGCAUGGUACCGUUUCAAUUAUUCCUGAACACUGACACACAAAUACAUAAAACAUUCCAGUGUAGUGAAUUAUAAAUAUUAGUGUGAUCUCUUUGACUGCAAUACUGUGUAAGAUUUUCAGUCAAUUCUUAAAGUAAGUCUAUACUCAUGUGGUUCUCAGUAAAAAACAAACUUUAUUUGACUUAAGUGACCUCACACUCUUUGUACCUUAACGUUAUUUUUGACCUUUGCUAUUUGUGUACGUGGAAAAAAAUAAAAUCAAUAUUUUUUCCACUAGAGUCAUCUCGACAUCUUGUUUUGCAGACGAGAUUAUUACAGCACAUGACUUUGUUUUCCCUGAGGAGGGAAAAGCUAUCCCUAAAGCUAUCUUUUCGAAGGGUUUAGAUGCCCAAAGAUGCAGUUGGCUGCUUCUGAAAACCCCAGUGAGUAUUCUAGUGACUUAGAAGUCUAGUUCCUACUGAAUUCAACCGAGGCCUAGAAAUCAUUUAGUUAGGCCUAUAAUUAAUAUAAUUUUCUUGAAAAUUCCAAUAGAUUCACUCUUAAAUAGCUUUAAGAAUCUGUCCCUUUUUACUCUUUAUUUUAAGAGCUGUUACUGUAACUUGAUAUGAUAGUCUCUAUCUCUGUGGGAGGCUUAGGAAAAAUGUCACAGAUACAAUUGCUUGGGAAUUACUAAACAAAAGCAAAGAAUCUGUUGCAUCUGUUGAGACAUCCAUUCUAAAUUUGAUACAGUGACUUAAAGCUAGAACUAAAGGAGAGUCAUAGGGCAGGAAACAUAGUAGCAUUUUUCUUUCAAAACACUACUGAAUUAAGAGCUCCCACCCACUUUUACACAAGAGAGAAAUGGUGGGAGAGACCUAAAUUCAAACUCCUCUUUUGUCAAAAUGGACUCAGAUGAUGAAUGGAUUUUAACAGAGGACCAGGAAGUAUUGUUUGUCCUCUGCUAGCAAGAUCCGAGCCUUGCUACAAGGUUAUUCUGAGUUUCUUCAGUAAUGGCAUCUUUAGUAAAUGGACCUCUCCUUUCUUAGGUUUCCAGCUCUAAGAUUGCCAAGAUGCAGUAUUCAUUUUGCUAUAGUAGUUCAAAUAUACUAAAUACAGUCUCUAUUAAAGUCUCUGUUAAAAAAUGAGUCACUGGGCAGACUGAUUAAGUUUUACAACCACGAAAGCAGAAUGACCUGAAUUCUUACAAUCUGGACUGGAAAUACUGGCAAUCACGUCUGGAGUAUAAUUUGGUUACAGGGUUAUAACUAGUUACCUAAGAGAUCUGGAACAAGAUCUACCAACCACUUAAUGUCAUUAUUGCAAUCUUUCCCAGAAAUCCAUAUAAAGCCAUUACAGUAUUGCAAUAGCAGUAUAGAAAGAUCCUUUCCUGUGAAGAAAUAAUAGUAAUUUUUAUAAAAUCAAUACUAUUUAACUUAUUAAAAUACUAAAUAAUAAUAAGCUUAAUUCAUGGCAUCUCCUUGAGUGUAUUCAAAAUCAUAUCUCAUGAUUUUUUAUAUUCAAUAUAUUUUUUUUCAAAUAGAGUUAUACUUGUCUCUCAAAUAUAAGAGGUUCCAUGGGACCCAAAGCUUGGAGUCUGUGUGUCCCUACUUGAGACAAGAUUCAGGUUUUAUCCAAACUUUAUCCAAAUGCUAUGAAUUCAGGUAUUGAGAUUUAAUUACAGCUAUCAGUUUCUGCAAAGAAUGCAGGUAAAAUAAGAUGUAUUGUCUAACAACUUGCUUUAAUAGAAAAAUUCUAAAAAGAGAUUCUGUAAUCUCACGUGCUUGUGGAACUAACAGUUACAUCAAAGAUACACUGAAGAAAAAGCUGCUCCCAUGAGAUUUUCUCCUUCCCAAUAAAAAGGAUUGCUAUUUGAAAACACCCAUAGGUUUAUUCACUUACAACAUUCUCAGUGACAGAAAAAGUAGAUUAGAAGACUCACAAAGCUUAAGAAAAGGAAUGAUGGCUUUGACACCAAUUAUAAAAGAAAUUUUACUGGUUAAGAAGUAGUAGUAAAUCUUAGACUAUAAAGAAUUAGUCAGUCAUGGAACUAUUCUGUAAGAAGAGAACACCUGAACUUGAUGCAAGUUUAAAUUAGCAUCUGGAUCCAGAUAUAUAGUAAGAGAUAAGUACACUGCAUUAGAUUAGAUAUCUAGACCCUGAAUUUGACUUCAUAUAAAUAUUAAAGUACUAUGACUGUAGUGUGUCUUUAACCUCAGUCUUAUUAUUCUAGGAUAUAAAUUAAAUUCCAGAAACUGUCUGUCAUAUUUUAUUGUUUAGCUAUUCUUCAUCAUAUGCAAGGUGUAAUCUUUAAAUGUGCUUUGAAACAGGCACAACAGGAGAACAUUGUUAUAAUUCUAUUGGCUCUAGUUGGUUAAUUUGUUGGGUUUUUUUUUUUUUUUUUUUUUUUGCAAAUACAUUACUUUAAGCUGAUAGCAAUGAUAUCAUGCAUGUCUAUCAUCUUCUACAUUCAUAUCACUUCUACAUCAUCGAAAGUUAAUGUGAAAAACUAUGGAAAGUCAUUCAUAAUCUUGCACUAUGGAAAAAAAGCAUAAAUACUGCAGACCCUCUCCUCAAGCUAACGUUAGUCAUUUUGGCACCCUUUCUUGAUCAGAUCUGUGAAGAUGUAAUAAAAAUUAGAAGAAAAAGCUUUACAA